UCUGGUAUUCAGCGGUCGUGUGCUAUCCUGUCUGAACUUCACCCCGACACUCCCAACCUGAGAGACUGCUCUGGUCCGGAACAAGGAGGCUGGAGAGCACAGUUCUUUUGCCUACUCAGGUGAGUUAACACCACCAGCAAUGUCAAGAUGCCCAAACUGCUAUUUUCGAGGAUUCGGGCAUACGAGUUUAAGGAUUUGAUUCGGACAAGAAAGACGCCUAGAAGGUUUGAUCUUUUCCUCAGUAGAAACAAACAGAAGAAAGAUAUCCAGUGUAUUUUGACCAAAAUAAACAUUGAUAAAAAUAAACAUGUCACAAAAGACAAUUUACAGGCUGAAUAUGUAGCACAGCCAACUCUUGAACAAGUGUUAACCAACAAAACUUUUAGUUCUUUCCUACGUUCUGAAUUCAGUGAGGAAAACAUUGAGUUCUGGAAAGAAUGUAAGGAUUACAGGGAAAGGACGCCCCUCGCUGACCUCCCCUCGAAAGCAGCAGAGAUCUGGCUGGCGUUCCUGCAUCCUUUGGCUCCCAGAGAGGUUAACAUCGACCACAAUGUCCGAGAGAAAAUCAAGAUGUCCAUUGUGAGCCCUGGUCGCUGCUGUUUCGACGAGGCGCUAAGUCAGGUGUACUGGCUAAUGGAGAGAGACUCGUUACCCCGCUUCCUCAAGGCUGAGGACUGCCAAAACCUCUCUGGUAGAGGUCAGAGGUCAAACUCCAAAAAGGACAACAGUUUAUAAUGUAUUGAACCUUUCUGCUUUUGAAGUCAGUCUUGUUUCAAACUUUAGUUUCUUAGGAGGGAAGUACAAGACCAAAAUAUCAGUUGAAAAGUGCAGCAGGGACACACAAAAAACACUGUACUACAGAAAAAUACAUAAAAAAGUCAACAAAUGACUUAGGAAAGCAAAGAAUGAAGUACUAAGUGGCUUCACUUCCAAUUUCCGAAACAAUGUGAAUAUUUCUAAUGGGUGUCUCAUUAAGUGACACCAGUAGUGCUCACAGCAGCGGUCUGAAUCCCCCCUUUGGAUGGAUGGAUGAAACAGAGGAGGAAGCACGUGAGAAGAGCCGUGGAGAGGAAGUGACAUGUAGGUGGGAGAGGAAGUGACAUGUAAGUGAGAGGAAAUGACUUGAGAACAAAAAUAUAUUAAAGAGGAUGUGGCGUUAGAGAUUUUUGAAUCAACAAGUGGUGGAGUCUCAAGUUCAGAGACAAAAGAGGGCAGUUUGGACUGGUGUGUCAAAAAUAAAGUUUGAGUUUGCUGCCGUUUGGAUGGCGCGAAGAAUUUUGAUCGAGGAAUGCAAAACGAAUUAACUGUUCAGUCUUCUAUUAAAAGUACAUUUGUGUGA